AUGCUCUCUUCUGCUGUGCUCUUCUCCACCCUCGUGGUCUCGGCUUUGGCCCAGAACUCGUCUUCCACCGCCUACACCUUGCCGGAAGGAUUCAACAUUGGCCUCGUCAAGCCGGAUGAGCUGAACUCAUGGUGCUUGGGACAGCGCAACCAGUGCCCGGCAAUUUGCGAAGGUGACACCAAGCAAAACACUUGUGAUCCGGCCACGUUGAACUUCAGCUGUAUCUGUUCUGAUGGCAAGACCGCCGAUUCCACACCUUACAUUCAGACCGUUCCCUUCUAUGUCUGCGAGGCCAACUAUGGCCAGUGUGUCGACGCUCACCCCAAUGACUCCAUGGGCCAAGAGAAGUGCAAGAAGGCAGCCAAGUGUGGAGACAAAAAUGCCACUUCCACUUCGACCACCACCAGUUCGUCACGGAUUGCAACCAGUACUCUGACCAUGGCCACAAACACUGGCUCUGGCUCGUCGGACAAGUCGGUCACCUCGUCGGUGGCAGCCGCUAGCACUACAACCACCAACGCUGCCGUUCCCCUGGCAGGUCUUCUUGAGACCUACUCGACCGGUCUGAUGGCUGGUGUCAUGUUCCUGGCUAUGCGCUUGGUGCUGUAA